CAACCAAUCUCUGCGUCUUUGGCUUCUGUUGAGCUCGAAGCGAGAACCAAAACGAGAGGAGAAAGAAAAAAAGAAAAAACUAAUUCAGACAAGAACCUGCCAUGUCUUUAGCUCCGAGCAGCUACCCAUCUCUGUAUUCUUCGCCUUCACUGCAAAGAACGCAGCAAAACCCUAGCUUUGUCACCCAACCCAAUGUCGUAUCCGUCAAAAGCUUGUUCCUUUCGACUUCUUCGGGCUCUUUUUGCAAUACCCAUGUCGUGAAACGCCGGAAUUUGGCCGUGAAAGCGUCGGAGACAGAGUCGGCGCCAGAGGCGGCUAAAAGCGAAGGUGGAGGGGGCGACAAAGAGGAGAAAGGAGAAGAGAAGUAUGAAGAGUACGAGGUGGAGAUCGAGCAGCCUUAUGGUCUGAAAUUCAGAAAGGGAAGAGAUGGUGGGACUUACAUUGACGCCAUCUUUCCCGGUGGAUCGGCCGACAAGACCGGAAAGUUCACCGUCGGCGACAGGGUUAUCGCCACAAGUGCAGUGUUUGGGACAGAGAUUUGGCCUGCGGCAGAGUACGGAAGGACAAUGUACACAAUCCGCCAGAGAAUCGGCCCAUUGCUCAUGAAAAUGGAGAAACGAUACGGUAAGACAGAUGAAUCUGGUGAGUUAACAGAGAAGGAGAUUAUUAGGAUCGAGAGGAAUGCUGGCUUCAUCAGCAACCGAGUGAGGGAAAUUCAAAUGCAAAACUACUUGAGGGUGAAAGAGGAGAAACAACAAAGGGAGCAGGAUCUCCGUGAAGGUCUGCUACUUUCCAGGAGUGGUAAAUACGAGGAGGCACUGGAGAAGUUUGAGUCUGUGUUAGGAUCUAGACCAACUCCAGAAGAAGCUUCAGUGGCUAGCUACAAUGUCGCUUGCUGCUAUUCAAAGCUCAAUCAGGUGAAAGCUGGUCUCUCGGCUCUAGAAGAAGCAUUGAAAGCAGGAUAUGAAGAUUUCAAGAGAAUCCGAUCAGAUCCAGACCUGGAAAACAUCAGGAAAUCAGAAGAGUUCGAUAAGCUCUUAAAGAAUUUCGACGAAUCUUUCAUCAACGAGAGCGCUAUCAAUGCCAUCAAAUCUUUGUUUGGCUUCCUGAAGUGAUAUACAACACCGAAAGCCUCUUGUUCUUUGAGAUAAAGUCUUUGUUCAUAUACUUUAGCAUCUAUUCAAACUUUUGGUUUGGCUUCAAGAUCGAAAUCCUUUCAUUUGCACAAGAAUUUCGCAUGCUAUGUAUGAAUCUGUAUCCACUC